UUUGGGUAAGUGUCAUACGCUUACGAAAAAAUUAACACGUGCCACGUUCAAGAGGAAGAGAAAGCCAGCUUUGUGAGCAAGUCGUCCAACGGAUCGAACAUGUUUUAGAGACGAAACACCACCAUACAGCGCCAGCGUUUUUACGGGAAAGCGAAAGAAAGGCAAUACGACUCCCGCUUCCUGCUGCCGGCCACGUUCGCUGGGAAGCGGUGCUAAGCUUCUGGAGAGGGUGGACAAAGAACAGGUGUGCUCCCGCAACGAUGGCAUAUGCGCGGCUACCAGCGUCGGCGGCCCAACCUUAUCGGCCAGCGAGGCCUCAGGUAGUGCCCGUGCCACCGCCAGCCGAUCCCGGUAUGGUGUGGCUUCGCCCCGUGGCACGGACGCCCACACCAGGCCUCGAGCAACAGCCGGCCAUGCAACCGAUCCCGGGAUGCCCUCGGGGCCUGGAGUACCUGAGCGCCGUGGACCAGCUCCUCGUCCACCAGCAGCUGCAACUCUUGGAAAUGCUGGUGCCCUACGAGCAGCAGAACAAGUACGUGGUGAAGAACUCCAUGGGCCAGUUUGUCUUCAUGGCGUUCGAACAGAGCGACCUGGCGAGCCGUUGCUGCUGCAGCAACUGCCGGCCCUUCGAGAUGCCGCUGUUCGACUACCGCAGCGUCGAAGUGAUGCGGCUGUACCGGCCUCUACGAUGCACUUCCUGCCUCUGCUUUUGCUGCCUUCAGGUGAUGGAGGUCCACGCUCCACCAGGCACCAUCAUUGGCUCGAUCCGGCAGGAUAUCAGCCUCCUGCCUCGUUUCUCGGUGCUGGACAGCGCUGGGAACGUGGUCCUCCGUAUCAGCGGGCCCUUCUGCACAUCGGCCAUCUGCUGCGAAGACGUCGUCUUCGACAUCCUCACCCGGGACGGCCGCACCAAGAUCGGCACGAUGUCGAAGAACUGGAGCGGCAUGAUCCGCGAGGCGUUCACAGACAUCGACAACUUCACGGUGACGUUUCCCAUAGACCUGGACGUCAAGAUUAAGGCCACGCUGUUGGCCGCUCUCUUCUUGAUCGACUUCAUCUUCUUCGAGAGCGGCUCCGGUGGACCUGGUGUGCCGGAUCUUCCCGGGAACGUAAUAAACUAAGCUUCUUCGUCGGGCCUAAUGCUGACGACUUCACUUCACCCA